UGUUGUUAGUUUUUGUCGACGCAGUUCUCUGGACACAUACUGAAGGAAAUUCUCUUUUUCACAGGCGAUUUUUUUUUGUGAGAAUUUUGUCAGAAAAUAAAUAAAUAUAGUAUAAAGAAUAUAAACAAAUUGUAAUAAAUAAAUAUGGCCGAAGAAAAUAAAACACAAUUAGAUGAUAUAAAUAAGCAGAUAUUUGAUAAACUUGCGGCCAACGAUAAGGAUGGUUUCAAGCAGCUGAUUGCACAAGUCAAAGGAGGUGUGAAUUUCGUAGACGAAAAUGGUAUGACACCACUGCAACAUGCCUGUUGCAAGGGCAACAAGGAGGCGGUACAAAUUUUGUUGGAUAUGGGAGCCUCUGUUGAUUUCAGUCAACAUGGAGCCAACUAUACACCUUUACAUUUUGCAGCCUUAUCUGGCAAUACGGAAAUUUGCACUAUGCUUUUGGAUGCUGGCAUCAACCCGAAUACCUUGAACAGUGUUAAUCGUACUGCCUCACAAAUGGCGGCAUUUGUGGGUAAUCAUGCCUGUGUGGAAACAAUAAACAAUUAUGUGUCCACAUCACAACUUGAGUAUUAUACACAACCCCAAGGUCUUCAGAAAGAACCACAUAUUCCGGCAGCAUUAUUAAAUGCCUUCCAUAAGUUUGUGGUAGAAACAAAUUUACAUCCCGUACGUAUUGUUCUAAACUUGCAAAACCUCGGAUUGCUUAAACAUCUGCCCGGUUUGCGUAAGGCUUUGGAGUUGAUGUGUGAAAAGGAAAUGAAAAAAUCCAGCGAUGUCAAUGAAUUAAUGGCUUUCAAAUAUCAUUAUCUACGCUGGAUCAUAUCGGAGUUGAUGCGUUGUGAGGAGCAGUGUAAGGCCCAGCGUAAAGAGAAACCAGCCACAAAUGCCGAAGAACCCAAUAAACAUGAUUUCGUUGAGAUGUUUAUCAAACGUGUUUUGAAAGAAAACAAAUUGGGUCAAUUGGAUUAUGUGGAAUUCACAGUACGCGAUUGUGUACGUGAAUUCCCCUUCAGAGAGUGCACCAUAUUCCGUCAGAUUGUCACUCAGCUGGCUGCCAAAGAUGCUCCCUCAGCAUUGAGCAUUCUACGUUCGGCCAUCAAUGGUCAACGCGCCUUUGUCGAUGAACUUUCCUAUUGCAGUUCCUGUGGCAAUGAAAAACCCGACAAGAAAUGUUCCAAAUGUAAAGCAGUGCAAUAUUGCGAUCGUGAGUGCCAACGUUUACACUGGUUUAUGCACAAGAAAACCUGUAACCGGCCGACAUCGAAUGCAACUAAUCCAACGACGGCCGCUAAGGGUCCCAUCGAUGCCCAAGAAUUGCGUGAAGAGUUGGCUCGCAUGACAGCCAGUUAAAUUUUAAGUCAGUGUGUGGUCGCCAAUGUACGUUGAACAUAUGAAUGAGAAGAAGAAGAAAUGAAGUUUUUAAUUUAAAUUUUUUUUUACAUACAUUUUUGCAUUUGUUUAAUGUACUUUAUUAAUUAUAAUCAUUAUUUAAACGUUUUGACACACUUCUUCCAUUUACUGAAUUUAUUUUCGUUAACAAAACGUUAAAAUUUAAAGAAAAUAAACAUUUUUGGGUUAAUUUUUUUUCUCAA